AACUUCUCUUUUGAUAUCUACAAAAUUCACAUUCGAAGGGUCACAAUCCAGAUGGGUGUUGGCUCUUCUCAAUCUUUGCCCAGUAGCACUUUCCCUUCUGCUCUCGCAGCCACUUUCUUCCCUCACCAAUCUCAACCCAUUUUUUCUUUCAAUCCAAGCACCCUCAUCUUUCAAAGACCCUGCAAGAGAGACAUGACAGAACGGUCACUUCUUUGGUCUUCAUCUUCGUCAUUUGUGCCUUUGAAUUCUGGGAAAGUUGAUCAGGUUGAGACCCAGGUGGGGAGUGCCGUCAGACCCAUGUAUGAUUUUCAUGGUAUAGACGAAGAAUUGCUCCAGAGGAUGGUUUAUGACGCCCUUGUGUGGAGUUCUCUUCAUGGGCUUGUUGUUGGCGAUAGAACGGUUAAGAGAGCAGGGACAGUUCCUGGUGUGGGCAUGGUUCAUGCCCCAUUUGCCUUAUUGCCCAUGUCAUUUCCGGAAAGUCAUUGGCAGCAAGCAUGUGAACUAACCCCCAUUUUCAAUGAACUUGUAGAUCGUGUGAGUUUGGAUUGGAAAUUUCUACAGGAGGCACUAUCCAGAACAAAGAAAGUGGAUUCUUUCACCUCUAGACUCUUAGAUAUUCAUUCCAAGAUGCAAGAAAUGAAUAAGAAAGAGGAAAUACGCUUGGGUUUACAUCGAUCAGAUUACAUGCUCGAUGAACAAACAAAAUUACUUCUCCAAAUAGAGCUGAACACAAUUUCAUCUUCGUUUCCUGGCCUCAGUUGUCUUGUUACCGAGCUACACAGGAGCUUACUUAAUCAUUAUGGGAAACACCUUGGAUUAGAUUCCAAAAGGAUCCCUGGAAACAGUGCUGUGACUCAGUUUGCAGAAGCAUUGGGUCAAGCUUGGAAAGAGUAUAAUAACCCCAGGGCUUUAGUUAUGUUUGUGGUUCAAACUGAAGAACGAAACAUGUAUGACCAACAUUGGCUCAGCACAGCAUUGAAAGAAAGACAUGAUGUUACAACUAUUCGAAAAACAUUGGCAGAAAUUGAUGCAGAAGGCAAGCUUCUACCAGAUGGAACACUGACAGUAGGUGGCCAACCAGUUGCAGUCAUUUAUUUCCGAGCUGGGUAUGCACCAACUGAUUAUCCUUCAGAAUCAGAAUGGAGAGCAAGGCUACUAAUGGAGCAGUCAUCUGCUGUCAAGUGUCCUUCAAUUUCUUAUCAUUUGGCAGGUACCAAGAAAAUUCAGCAAGAGCUUGCAAAACCCAAUGUACUUGAGAGGUUUCUUGAGAACAAAGAUGACAUUGCCAAACUGCGGAAAUGCUUUGCUGGGUUGUGGAGUUUAGAUGACUCAAACAUCAUCAAGGAGGCGAUUGAAAGACCUGAGGUCUUUGUUAUGAAACCACAGAGAGAAGGCGGAGGGAAUAAUAUCUAUGGUGAUGAUGUGAGGGAGACCCUACUAAGAUUGCAGAAGGAAGGAACUGAAGAAGAUGCUGCCUACAUCCUUAUGCAAAGGAUUUUCCCGAAUGUAUCUCCCACAUUUCUGAUGCGAGAAGGCAUUUGUUACAAAGACCAUGCCAUAUCAGAACUUGGGAUAUAUGGGGCUUACUUAAGGAAAAAGGAGAAGGUGAUCAUAAAUGACCAAUGCGGUCACUUGAUGAGGACCAAAGUGUCUUCCUCAAAUGAAGGUGGUGUUGCAGCUGGAUUUGCAGUCUUGGAUAGCAUAUAUCUGACUUGAUUGAAGCACCUAACCAAGUGACACCAAUUGUUUAGUUGAAGAAAAUCGGCAGAGUUCCAUUGAUCCCUCAAGAGUUUAUGAAGUGGGUGGAGGUGAAAAAGAGAUUAAAAGGAGUGGAAUCAGUUUGAAGAAAUUACUUGUGUGGUUAGAUUCUUUAUAUUUUGAUUGAGUAAUAAUUGAAAUACUGUUGAACAUGGAUAACAAACCCCUCAAAACAUAUAGAAACCCACAUAUUUGACUCAUAUAAGAUGAUACUUAUGAUAAACAAAUUUCCUCUUUCCCUUCA